AUGCUCAGAAUAGCUAAGGAGAUUUCUGAGUCCGAAACUGCUUCUUUUUGUAUCUACGAGGACAGGUCAUGCAAAUACGACCAUCAGCCGUCCCAUCGAACAGUUUGUGUUCAGACGGAGAUUUCAUGUGAUGAUGUCCUUUUGUCUACUGAGUUAGCAAUUCUAUGCGACGAUUCUCAAAAAUGCGGUGGAUCUAAUGAGGUGUUGUUUUGGCGUGCAGUCGCGACGCAGAGAGCUAAUGAGUUGGACGUCUUGCGGGAGAAUGUCGAGAAGAUUCGGACAAUGACACAGCAGAAUUUAAUGGAAAAGAAAGCAUUGGAUGAAAAACAUGAUACUCUCUAUUCACAAUUGGAAGAGGUUCUUCAAAUUCCCGACGUCCAGACUACGCAGGAAACAUGCGAAAGAGAUCCUACAUGA